CGCAGUAUUUAUGCGGAGACAACAGUUCGUUGCUAAGCGUUUACAAGUAAACUGGUUACUCGGUCCGUCUCCACAACAACAACAACAAAAAAUAGCUUAAUGCACUUUUGAUUAUUGAAUCGAGAAUUGAAUUGAGUUCGCGAUGGCCUUGGCGGCGCCGACGCUCUACAAUUACUACACUUCCGGUGGUAUUUCGAACGGUCUUUCCGCGAAUCAACCGCACUUCACGCUAAAUGACAAGAACAUCACGAUCUAUAGCGGUGCUAUGCACUACUUCCGCGUCCCGAGGGCUUACUGGAGGGAUAGACUGAGGAGAAUGAGAGCCGCCGGUUUGAACGCGGUUGAAACUUACGUCCCGUGGAAUCUGCACGAACCGGAGGAGAAUAAUUUCGAUUUCGGGAAGGGCGGAAGCGAUAUGGAAGAUUUUCUUCAUUUGGAAGAGUUCUUGAGGACCGCCAAAGAGGAGGAUCUGUUCGCCAUAGUCCGCCCGGGUCCGUACAUCUGCUCGGAAUGGGAAUUCGGCGGAUUCCCCAGUUGGCUUUUACGCUACAAGAACAUCCAAUUGAGGACGUCGCAACAAUUGUUCAUGCAACACGUCGCGCGUUACUUUAACGUACUUUUAACGCUUCUGGCUACUCUGCAAUUCACCAAAGGCGGUCCGAUUAUAGCGUUUCAAGUUGAGAACGAGUAUGGAAGCACCGAGAGGAAAGAUAAAUUCGUACCGGACAAAGUGUACUUGGAGGAGCUCAGGCAGCUGAUGGUUAACAACAAGAUCGUCGAGUUACUUUUCACGUCGGAUGCGCCGAUGCACGGAACGGUUGGAACUUUACCGAAAUACUUCCUGCAAACUGCGAAUUUCGCAAACAAUCCGGAAGCGGAAUUCGAUAAGUUGAAGACGCUCCAGAAGGAUAAACCUACGAUGGCCAUGGAAUUUUGGACGGGAUGGUUCGAUCAUUGGUCAGAGAAUCAUCACACCAGAAACAAUACCGAGUUUAAGGAUGUUUUGGAGAGGAUUUUGAAGUAUCCGGCUUCGGUUAACAUGUACAUGUUCCACGGAGGAACCAAUUGGGGAUUCCUAAAUGGAGCAAACAUCAACGAUGGAAGCAUCGAUAAUCGAGGUUAUCAACCGGAUACGACUAGUUACGAUUACGAUGCGCCUUUAACAGAAGCAGGAGAUUACACGGAAAAGUACGUGAUGGUGAAGAGUCUGAUCGCGAAAUACACCAAAAUCAAUUUGCACACUCCCCAAACACCAGCGGAGAACCUGAGGAUUGCCUAUCCACCGAUACCGAUAACACAGCAGCUAGAUUUCGAAGAGAUGUUCAACGCCGUCGAUAUGAAGGUGCAACGAAUCCAUCCGAUUCCCAUGGAAUUCAUGCCGAUCAACAACAAUUCCGGUCAGAGCUACGGCUACAUAGUGUACAGGAAGGAGAACGUGACGAUACGGCCGGACUCGGUUUUGGAAAUCGGCGGAAGGGUUUGCGACACGGUGAUGGUUCUGGUGAACGGCGUUCUCCUAUCGAAACCGCUUCUGAAGAGUCAAGAUUUGAACGGUUUCGGUUACUGGCGCACCAAGAAUUCCAAAUUGAAUUUGGGAACGAGGGACUUGGAGGACGCAACUUUAGAGUUGAUCGUCGAGAAUUGGGGCAGGAACAAUUUCGGUUAUUUGGAUCAGUUCAGGCAGUACAAGGGGAUCUGGCAGGAUCAGAUUUAUUUGAAUAAACAAGGAUUGUAUAGUUGGGAGAUUGGUUCUUUGGAUUUUAAGAAGAAGUGGACUUUGGGUCUGAAGAAUUGGAGGACUUUCGAGGGGAAUUGGAUGCCGCAACCGGCGAUGUAUAAAGCCGUCUUCACGAUGAACGCGACCGCUCAAGACACUUACAUCGAUAUGUCGGAUUGGUACAAGGGAAUCGUCAUCUUCAACGGUUUCGUGCUCGGAAGAUACGCGAGGAUCGGACCUCAGCAAAGUCUUUAUCUUCCCGCACCGUUCAUCAAGCAAGGCGACAACGAAAUCAUCGUCUUCGAGCAUUUCUACGCCGCAAACACAAUCAAAUUCACCAAAGACCCAAUCUUUAAAACAGUUUAAUCUCUCUAUAUAU